AUGGUUCAACGGAAUGAGGAAAAACCGGAACAGAAGUCGAAGCAGAAAAUAAAACAGGGGAUGGAACUGGAAUUGAUGCAGGAGUUUGAGCAAGAAUUAGAGCAGGAAUUUGAGCAAAAAUUGAAGCAAAAACCAAGAAAAAAAUUGGAACAGAAAAUGAAGCAAACAUUGAAGCAAAAAUUGGAGCAUAAGUUGAAUCUGAAAUUGAAACAGAAAUUUAUGCAGGGAUCAGGUCAGAAAUUAGAGCAAGAAUUAAAGCAAAAAUCGAAGCAAAAGCUGGAGCAACUAUCGAAUCCAAAAUUGGAGCGGGAAAUGGAACCGAAAUUGAAGCAGAAAUUAAAGCAGAAAGUGAAGCAAAAAGUGAAGCAGAAAGUAAAGCAGAAAUUGAGGCUAAAAUGAAGCAAAAAUGAAAGCAGAAAUUGAAGAAGAAAUUGGAGAAGGAAUUGAAUCAGGAGCGGAAGCAAAAAGUAUUGAAGUGCUGAAGGAAAAUGCAAAGGCAAAGGCAAAGGCAAAGGCAAAGGGAGAGGCGAAGAAGAAUUUCGAUGAAUCGUUCUAGGUGGUGGAAUGAAGCUGGUGCUCAAGAAUUUGGGCAAAAGAAAAAUAUGGAGUGUGAUGAAACGGAGGCCAAAAUGCUGAAGCAAAAGUUAA